GAUCUUGAAUUAUUUAAAAGAUGCCUAUUUUUACUACUAUAAUAUGACAUCACAAGGUUAUAAAUCUUUAAUAGUGGUUUUUAUCGACGGUAUUUGUGGUGAUUUUCAUUGUGGAGGACUUGUUGGGGACUCGCAAUUUCGAAGAAUUUAUUUAAUCAUUAAAUAUGGUGGAGAAAAAACAAAACUUGUAGUGAAAAAUAACCAUCGAGUAGGAAGAACAAUCAAAGUUAAAGACGAAGAAUCCGAGGAAGAAUUUGAAGAUCAACCAAAAAAAAAAGUUUAUGAGCGCAGUACACUAGCACAAAUUGUUUCAUAA